CAGCGACGGAUGCGGACCGUGGUUCCUUCGGAGCAGUAUCGUACUCCCUGGGGUCUGGUUCUAGCAGCAUGGUACCGGCCCAGUUUACUGUCAACAAGGAGACUGGUCAGCUGUGUUCCAGCACAACACUGGACCGAGAGCAGGGGUCAGGCAACUAUGACCUCACUGUGACCGCUACUGAUGGGGGUGGUCUGAGUGUGGUGGCCCGUGUCCGUGUGUAUCUGGAGGACAUUAAUGACAACCGUCCAUCCUUCUAUCCCCUACUCUACACCGUGAGCCUCAGCACCCACAGCGCCCCCGGAACCUCCGUCACCAAGGUGAUGGCCAACGACCCUGACGCUGGUGACAACGGCAGGGUGACCUAUCGCACGGUGCCGGGUGGAGGCUCCGCCUUCUUCACUCUCAACAAAGACACAGGUGUGAUCUCUCUUGCGCGGUCGCUUCACAGUAAGGCCAACACCCUGGUCUCCAUGGUGAUCUCGGCGCAGGAUGGCGGCGGUCUGACGGCGCCGGUAAACGCCCGUGUCAACGUGAGCGUGGUUGGCGGCUCGGUGGCGCCCCCUCUGUUUGACCAGGCUCAGUACUACUUUACAGUGUCUGAGGAGGUCCUCAGGGGAACUGAGGUGGGCAAGGUCCAUGCUGCCACCAAGACUGGUAAUUCCCAGGACAUCUCCUACUCCAUCUCAUCAGGUGAUCCAGAUGGUUAUUUCACCAUGGACUCUACCUCCGGGGCGCUCCGCUCCUCUCUCCCUCUGGACCACGAGGCCUGUCCCAGUCUCGACCUGGAGGUCCAGGCUCGCUACGGCUCGCCACCCGCCUACGGAACCACACGCGUACGUGUAACCAUCUCGGACGUCAAUGACAACGCUCCCUCCUUCCUCCCCUCCUCCUCCGAAUCCCUCCUUCUCCCGGAGGUGACUAAGAUGGGAACGGUGGUGUACCGGGUCCAGGCCGCUGACCGGGACUCUGGUCCAAACAGUCAGCUGAGUUUUGACCUGGUCUCGAUCGGUGCGGGGGGCAGGAUGUUUGGUGUGGACCGGGGAAGCGGGGAGCUGCGGCUGAUUGGUGGACUGAACUACGAGAGUGUUCCGCGCUACGACCUACAGGUGGUAGCUAAAGAUGGUGGAGUGCCCCAGCUCAGCUCUACCUUUACAUUAGUGGUCCAUGUCCAGGCUCAGGACGCGCAGGGCCCCGCCUUCGACACGCUAACCUACCGUGUGGAGCUACAGGAGAACGCGCCUCUAAACACACGCUUCCUACAGGUCCGCGCCCUUAACAGAGAGGCUGCUGGGAACGGCGGAGGCUCCACCUCUUCCCACUCCUCUUCCUCGGUCUCGUACAGACUGCGUCCGGACGGUGACGCGGCAGGGUUUGGGGUCGCCCCAGAUAGUGGGUGGUUGUUUGUUCGCAGCGCUCUGGACCGGGAGGCUAAGGACAUGUAUCUACUGACGGUGUUGGCCACCUCUGGACCAGGAGGGCAGGGUGUGGCCGGGGCGGGCAGGACUGGCAGUGCCACGGUGAGGGUCUCUGUAACAGAUGAGAAUGACAACAGUCCCCGUCUGAGUCAGGAGAGGGUGUUUCUGGCUGUGAGAGAGAACCUUCCGGUGGGUACGGGGUUCGGACGGGUGUCGGCUGCUGACAGAGACGCAGGACAGAACGCCAGACUGACAUUCAGACUCCUGCACACUGACAGACACUUCCAGAUCAACUCACACACAGGUGAGAUCAGUACUAGGUUAUCUCUCGACAGAGAGCAGCAGUCUAGCUACCAGCUGGUGGUUGUGGUACAGGAUGGCGGCACACCCCCUCGCAGCACUACGGGCACCGCCCACAUCACCGUAUUGGAUGAGAAUGACAACGCCCCUGUCUUUAGCCACACCCACCCCGACAGGGAACUGCUCAUACAGGUGAUGGAGGGAUCCCAGCCUGGCUCAGUCUUGGGGACAGUAACAGCUAAAGAUCCUGAUGAGGGAGAGAACGGAACACUCCAUUACUCACUGUCAGGUUACGGAGUGGAGAGUUUCUCGUUGAACCCUACCUCAGGAGAACUACGUUACUCCUCCCCCCACAGACACAGUGAGAGGGCUGAUUACACCCUGACCGUGUCAGCUUCAGACAACGGCACCCCUCCACAAACCUCUACCUGUCCUCUACGCAUUCAGGUUCUGAGCUCCAAUAAGUCCUCUGCCAAAAACACUCUUUCCAUGACCCUCAACUCAGUGGAGGGCAUUGCCCCAGGCUCUGUCAUUGGCUCUGUCCGGUCACAUGACCAGCGUGACCCACUCUCGUUGGAUGGCCAGGUGACGUACGUGGUGGUGGGCGGGACGGACCAGAAGGGGACUUUCAUGGUUGACCGGGUUACGGGAGACGUGUACCUGGUUAGAGAACUGGACUACGAGGAAGGGGACAGGUACACUCUGCAUGUGGAGGUAUCAGAUUUCUCCCUGGUGUACCCCAGCAGUCACAGAGUACAGCUGGUCAUUAACGUCCAGGACAGCAAUGACCACGCCCCCCAGUUCACUGAGGACCCCGUUACCAUAGUGAUACCAGAGAACACCCAGCCGGGAGCCUCCAUCUACACCUUCCAGGCUGCUGAUAAGGACGGCGGAGGUCCCAACAGCGAGUUGCACUACUCCAUCCAGCACCGCUGGCCUGACUCCCUUCACAUCCUGACCCUUGACCCUUCCACUGGGGUCCUGACCUUGGGUCAGAAGUUAGAUCACGAGACCACACCCUCCCUCUACCUGGUUGUCAGGGCGACCGACCAGGCGGAGGACUUGUCCGCGCGGCGCUGGGGGUCAGUGACGGCCCGGGUGUUUGUGACGGACGAAAACGACAAUGCUCCCGUAUUCAGCUCGCCCUCCGCCGUCAGCGUCAUGGAGGACCAGCCUGUUGGGUUCGUCGUUGUGUACGUGAUGGCUCGUGACGAGGAUGAGGGAGAGAACGGACGAGUGUCGUACAGCAUCCAAUUGGGGAACAGCGCUGGACGCUUCAGCCUCAACCCCAACACCGGCUCUCUGUCCAUUCUGAAGGCUCUAGAUCGUGAGGACCAGGAAGUAUUUAAUCUGACCAUCAUAGCUGAGGAUCAUGGGAUGCCGCAGCUGUCCACCAGUCAGGUGUUGUCUGUCCACGUGAUUGAUGUGAACGAUGAGCUGCCGCUGUUCCUGGGGGAUGAGCUAGAGGCAGAGGUCAGAGAGAACCAGGAAGCGGGUACCACGGUGAUCACCGUCACGGCAACGGACAGAGACCAAGGUUCUAAUGGUCAGGUGACAUACGGAGGAGUAACAGAGGAAGGCUUCACCAUCAACCCUGUGACAGGAGUCAUCACCACCACCAAGACCCUGGACAGAGAGACUCAGGACCACUACACACUAACAGUGUAUGCCAGGGACGGGGGACUGCCUCCCAACUUCGCCAAGGUGGUGGUGCGUGUUUUGGUGCAGGACGAGAACGACAACGUGCCGGUGUUCGCUAGGCCCUGGUACGGCCUGGAGGUCCCUGAGAGCCAGAGCCCCGUGGAGCUGUGGAUUGUCAGGGCUACUGACACAGACACUGGUCCCGCUGGAGACAUUCAGUACAGGAUCACUGCUGGAGACCCAGACGGGGAUUUCCAACUCCAUGUCAGUUCAGGGGCCCUGUCCACGUCUCGUCCCCUGGAUCGGGAGCUGCGGGCAGGGUACACCCUGGAGGUGGUGGCUCUGGACCAUGGUUCUCCUGCUCUGAGCAGCACAGCCACAGUGGAGGUGACAGUGCUGGAUGUAAACGACAACAGCCCAGCCUUCAGCAGUAACAGCUUCACCAUCGACGUCUCGGAAGACGCUGCCCAGGGAACUCCGGUCUUAGAGGUGACGGCCACAGACGCAGACGAGGGGGAGAACGGGAAGGUUAUAUAUUUCCUGAGUCGAGAGGCGAGGGGCGCGUUCACUGUCGACGAAGACACUGGGCGUAUCACAACGGCAUCGCCGCUGGACCGAGAGAAGAUAGCGUCGUACAGCUUCCAUGUGUUCGCUGUGGACCUAUCACCUGCAGAGCCCAGAAACACCUCAGCUCAGAUAACCGUGAUGAUCCUGGACAUGAACGACAACGCUCCAUUCUUCAUCCAAGACCCCCUCGUCGUCGAGGUCUCGGCCAGCCAAUCACAGCGGGUCCUGGCCACCAUGCGGGCCGAGGACAAGGACUUUGGCGCCAACGGCUCUGUGUUCUAUCGUUUCGCCGUUCCGGUGAGGGGUUUCAGCAUCAACUCUCUAACGGGGGAGAUCCAGGGGACGGAGGGGAUAGACAAGCUGAGUCAGGCCCAGAGGACCCUCAUGGUGGAGGCUAUGGACCAAGGGACCCCGGCCCAGUCCAGCCUGGGGGUGGUGGUGGUCUAUGUGAAGGAACAGGAAUAUACAGGCAUCAGGUUCUCAAGGAACGCCAGGGACGUCAGCAUACAGGAGAACGCUGCCAAAGGAACGGCUGUAGCCCAGGAUCAAGCCCAGUACCCCGAUGGAACUAAGAGAGGCAUCAGCUACAGCCUCUUCUCUGGGAACAGACUGCAGGCCUUCAGCAUCAGCACUGGCACAGGUGAAAUCUGGGUUCAGAGGUCGUUGGGUCUGGACUUUGAGGACACUCCCCGCCUCCGCCUGGUAGUGAAGGCUGAGACGGCUUCGUCCAGCUCCUUCAUGGCCGUUAACCUGAUCCUGCAGGACAUCAAUGACAACCUGCCACGCUUCCAGCUCCAGAACUAUGUAGCGUACAUGAGAGAGGCUCAGGGUUAUGACAGGCCGAUCAUACAGGUGGUGGCAGAGGACGUGGACCAGGGGCAGAACGGUCAGGUGACCUAUUCCAUCCAAUCAUCAGGAGGCAUGAGCGGCCUGUUCAAGAUCGACCCUGUCACAGGAAGCAUCACCACCGCCGCCAUCAUGGACAGAGAGAUCUGGACUCAGACCAGGCUGGUCGUCACAGCGACGGACAGGGGCAACCCGCGAUUGGCCGGUUCGGCCACACUCACGGUGAUCAUCGUAGACCUCAACGACAACAGUCCAACAAUCCCUCUGCCUCGGGAGGUCCGCAUCCCUGAGAACACCCUGAUCGGCACAGAGAUCACCUUGGUAACGGGUAACGACGUGGACUCCAGUCCGGCCCUGUCCUACAGCCUCCAGCUGGACGGGUCGUCCCAGGGGAAGUUUGGGAUCCACCGCUACAGUGGAGGGGUGUCUCUGACCUCCCCUUUGGACUACGAGGACAGGACCUGGUACACGCUAACCAUCAGGGCUACGGACUCCCAACACCAGACUGAGGCUAAUAUCACCGUACUGGUGGAGGACGUCAAUGAUAACGCUCCUGCGUUCACACAGGAUCUAUACCAGGUAACACUGCCAGAACAUUCCCCGCCAGGCAGUCCCGUUGUCACGGUGACAGCGACUGACCGUGAUUCGGGGGAGAAUGGAAAGGUCACCUACAGAGUGAUGUCAUCGACGCGAGGUGGCUUCUAUGUCGACCCCAGCAACGGCACCCUGUUCAUCAGGGAGAGGGCAGAGUUUGACCCAGAGAACCCGUCCGUCAGUGUGGUCAUCGAAGCCUGUGACGGGGGCUCCCCGCCCCUCUCCUCCGUCACCACAGUACAGGUCCAGCUAUCAGACGUCAACGACAACGCUCCUGUCUUCCACCAAUCAGAGUACAGGGCGACGGUGUCGGAGGACUCCAUCCCCGGGGCGACCAUUCUGACCCUGGAGGCGAUGGAUGCUGAUUUCUCUCGGGACAACUGUGGCUUCGACUUCGCCAUCGCCAGGGGCAACACUGGGAACGUCUUCCAGAUCGAGAGCAGCGUGCGCUUCCUGGAGGGGCGGGGCUUCCAGACCGUAGGGACUCUCCUAUUGGCCGAGGAGCUGGACUUCGAGGCCAUGCCCCUCUAUAACCUGACGGUGGUGGUGUCGGACAGAGGGGUUCCACAGCGGAGUUCUAGCGUUGCCGCGGUGAUAACCGUUGGUGACGUAAACGAUAACCCGCCGGCGUUCGGCAGGGCGGAGUACGUUGUGUCACUGAGUGAAGGAGCGGGCGCUGGGACAGAGAUAUUACGACUCACUGCCACAGACCCAGACUCGGCCCCCAACGCAGAGGUCCAGUACAGUAUCAGCUCAGGCGAUGAGAUGGACCUGUUCACAAUCGACCAGUGGACCGGGGCGCUGCGGUUACAGCGACCGCUCGACCGCGAGCACCAGUCCUCCCACGUGGUCAUCGUCCAGGCCUCGGAUGGCCGUGGUCACGUCGCCCUGGCCCCAAUCAGCGUAGAGGUCAAAGAUGUGAACGAUAACAGACCGUUCUUCCCCGUCGAGACUCUGACCGCUAGCAUCAGAGAGAACCAGCCGGUCAACUCAGCUGUGACCAUACUCCACGCCAUAGACCAUGACACUGGGAUGUACGGCCAGCUGAGAUACUACAUGGUGGAGCGAGGUCAAGGGUCAGGAGUCACAGGGCGAGAGGCCUUCACCGUGGACCAAAGUUCAGGAGAGGUCAGGGCUAAGAUGACUUUUGACUUUGAGAAGGUCAACUCAUUUAAUUUCGUUGCUCUGGCGAUGGACGCCGGUAACCACUCGGCCACGGUGACGGUCCAGGUGUACGUGACCGGUGAGGAUGAGUACGACCCGCUCUUCGUCUCCCCAGAGUUCUCCUUCGAGGUUCCGGAGGGGGCGAAGAGGGGCCAGAGCAUCGGACAGGUCCAGGCGAAUGACGAGGACGGAGGUGUAGACGGUAUCGUCCUCUUCUCGCUCCCUAGCUCCUCCCUGUACUUUGACGUCAACAAAACAACCGGUGUGAUAUUCCUCAAGAUGGACGGGUCUUCUAGUCGUAGCAGCAGCGGGUUAGGGGGGCGGUCAAAAAGGGAGACCAGGACCAUGACUCUGGACGUUCACGCCCACAGCCCUCUGGACACGUCCCGUGUCACCACGGCCCAGCUGACCAUCGACGUGACCAACACGUCCUUCGGCCUGGGGGCAGACCUCAACGUCCUGCUGAUCAUCAUCAUCGCAGUGUCCCUGGGGGUCAUCGUGCUCCUAGUGGUCAUGGCUGUGGUCAUCUUUCUGGUCAAGUCAAAGAGACGCAGGAAGAACAAAGGACAGGACAACAGGGCCGUGGCCUCGGGAACCUCUCUGCAGAAACUGGACGAUUCCAAAUCUGGAGGAUCCGAGAGGAUCUAUCAUCAGACGUUACCAGGGUACUCUGGCAACCAGAGUGGAGCAGGGGCCGGGCCCUACACCCGGGGGGGCUCCCUUGACCCCUCACACUCCAGCGGGCGUGGCUCAGCCGAGGCGGCGGAGGACGAUGAGAUCAGGAUGAUCAACGAGUACCCCCGCGUAGCGUCCAUCUCCUCAUCCAUGCAGGAGCACAUCUCAGCCCGCGGGCCGGACUCUGGCAUCCAGCAGGACGCUGACCAGCUGUCUGACAUCUCCUGUGAGCCGGCCGCCCUGGAAGGAAGCACCUGGUUCAAAGGCAAGAAGCUGGGAGGGAGUCUCAGCGGAACCAUGCUGUCUGGACAGCUGCCUGUCUACAGAGACGAGCUGGGAGGAGGGUACCUGGGGCUGGGGAGGGGACUCAACAUCUCCCAUCCUAAAGAUUACGCCUUCCCAGAGGACGGGAAGCCCUCGGUGGAUGGGUCUCUGACAGCCAUAGUGGCCAGCGACGAGGAGCUGAGGGGCAGUUAUAACUGGGACUACCUGCUCAACUGGUGCCCUCAGUUCCAACCACUAGCCAACGUCUUCACAGAGAUCGCCAGGCUCAAAGACGAGACGGCCCCACAGAACCAGACCAACCCGCGCCAGCCCUUCCAGCCCAAAGCCAAGACGGACCCCAAGCCUCGCAUCGACCCACCGCCCCUCAUCACCGCCGUGGCCCACCCCGGGGCCAAGUCCGUCCCCCCGAAGGUCCCUGUCAUCGGACGCACCUUCCCCCACCUGGCCACCCUACGACGGUCCCCCAUAAGCCACGAGGGCUCCAUCUCCUCAGCAGCAAUGUCCCCCAGCUUCUCCCCCUCUCUCUCCCCCCUCGCCGCCCGCUCCCCCGCCGUCUCCCCCUUCGGAGUCACCCAGGGCCCCUCGGCCUCCAUGAUCAGCACCAGGGACCCCUCGCUGGACCACAGCCCCGACCAUGAGAUGAGGAUCUGAGGACGAGUUUUUUUUGGGGGGGUUUUAGAGACAUUUCUAUCAUUUAUGACAAAGUAAAAGGUGCUGAGAUCUGGACGUUAUAUCAGCUCCUAUGACAGAUUAGGAUGUGAAGGAAGUGUUCGUUUUUCAGAGACAUGUUUCUCUGAUGUAGUUUGUAUUAUCUGACAAUGUGAUUGGUUCUCAGAUCUGGACAUUAUAUCAGCUCCGAGGACAGAUGAAGAGAUGAAGGAAGUGUUCGGCGUUGUAGAAUUUUUUUUUCUCUGAUUAUAGUUUCUCAGAUGAGUUUUAGGCCACAUUUCUUCAAAAGGAAGGGGAAUAUAGUGUACUCUGGGAACAUUUGUAUUAGUGAGACCAAGUGAGUGCCAAGAUGAGGCUUUAAGAUCAUGGACCCUAAUGUUAUGCGACAGGUCACAUUCACCCUCUUUUCUGAAGGGAGAUGUGGAUUAUAAUUUCCUACAGGAUGUAAUUUCUCAUCCUAUGAGCACUUAGACCUAGCUAUCCCUCUAUGGAGAGGUGGACCAUGUUGUUGGGGUGAGGAGGUUAGCAUUGAUAACAGACCAGCCCUCUCCUCUCCUCCCCUCCACGUGGACCAUGUUGUUGGGGUGAGGAGGUUAGCAUUGAUAACAGACCAGCCCUCUCCUCCCCUCCUUCGCCACCAUGACGCAGGCCUCUGAUAAUUGCCACAAGGGUUAGGAGAUUGACCAAACUCUCGGCUGCGAACAACCAUGCCUUGGAUCCAACCCUGCAGCUGCAGACUGACCCCUCCCUGCAGACAGAGGCCCUCAGUAGAGAUAAACUGACGUAUCGGCUGCAGACUGACCCUCCCUGCAGACAGUCAUGAAGUCCGUAGAUACAGUAGAUAUGUAGUUUUCAGGUCACUCCUCGCUGGCUGGUCAGAGAGAUAAAUGAUUCCACUAUCCCUCUUUUACUUCUGUAUCUUCACAUUCUAGAUCCCCAUUAAAGACUUCAGUGUUCCGUUGUGGUGGUCUCACAAACAAAAUGGCUGCUUACAUAACAAACAAGAUGGCUGCUUUCGAAAUGGCCGACAUUUCCUCUUCUGACCAAGUACACGUGUGUUGAAAAAUACAUUAUACACUAGCCAGUGUUUUGUACAUUGGAAACGGGGACUGAGGCUAACGUUUUCCUUUGUUGCUACAGAAGACGCGUUCUUUUGUUUUGGUUGUAUUUUUUUUAUAUAUUUUUAUAUUGACCUUUGAUUUCUGAUUUGACAUGCCAGGUUAUCAUUUCAUUCUAUUUAGAUAUAUGUAUAUUUGUAUGUGUGUAUGUAUGCUAGCCACAGUAUGUAUGUGUUUUCCUGUCAUAGAUUUUAGAUUUUUUGUGUCUUUGUGGACUCGUGACAUUUUUGACGUGAGUGAGUGGGGAACAUUUUGUGUUUUGAUAAUUAUUUAUAUGAAGAAAAUGAACUGCUGGCUACGUUGACAGCGGGCAACCAAGUUCAGUUUUCACCAUGCUGUAUUGUAUCUUUAAAAUAUUUUCUUGUCAAAAUGAAGAUCCUCCCAAAAUCCCGGCAAAGCUAUGUAGAGACGACCAGAAAUCAUUGUUCACUGCCCUUACUCUGUCACCCAAACCAGACCUGUCCUCAUUGUUAGUAAACUGUUAUAACUGAUAUGUAGCGGAGGUGAACCGGACUCACGCUCUUUUGAUGAAAAUCUGUUUCACCCCGGUCCAAGAGGGAAUGUCCUCUUGGCUUAAUGGUUAAGACGUUGGUUUUCCAUGCUGGAGACCAGGGUUCAGAUCCCGCCUGUUACAUUUACACUAGACUCAGUGUUAGUAAACUGGCUUACACAGAAGUGCACAUUCUCUCUGGAAUUCCUGUUCACCUCUUGUGUCUUCGUAUGAAGUGCUUCCGGGUCAACACAAAGGUCAAUGAUGUGAGGUCAUCGCUCCGUAUGAUGGCUUGUAACUGUGAAGUGGUUCAACUUCAUACCAUAGAAAUACAAUACAUAGAUUGUAGAAGGGUUUAUGUAACUACUUAAAGGUAGCAGCACAAUUGAAAA